GGUCAGAUGCAUUUCUUUCAUAGGAGGAGGCACUAUCAUCUAGGCCAGGAUAGGAGAGAUCGAUGCUUCGUGAAGAGGAAGGCCCGCUGGGAAUGGAGGCCGGUUACUCGCCGAUCCACCGGGUCCCAGACAGUACAGUUCGAUCUAGCCGCCAUUUCAUCCUCCCUCUCGCAAUCCCGCGCGAAGUUUUCUCCCAGUCCCAUGGUCGUAGAGGCAUCGUCUCAGAUCCCCGAAGAGCCCUGUAUCGCUUCCUUGGUAGAUUUCCCUGGCCUUUCCCGCGAGUUAAUGGUAGUAGAAGACGCCCGUCCUCCGGCGCCACCUCGUUCUAGCGAAGACGUCAAGGAUCUCGUCGCUGUUGGAUUGAAGCUGGCUCCACUUCCAAUGGUGGAACUUCUCAGGACAGAUUCUGGCAACGACGCUUCCACCAGCAACGUGACACAUGGUGAUCAGGAACAGGAAGAACAGCAGCAAACUAUGAAUCGAAAGCAGCGAAAGCACUUGAAGAAGAAACAGAAAAAGCUCGUCGCUGCCUCGCGGACUUUCCAAAUUAGCUCGCUGCCGGUGCUCAAGUCAUGGAAAUCCAGCAGCUCACCCCCGCCGCCACCUUCAAGGAAGCUAGUUGCUGCCACCACCCCAUGCAAGAUCUACGACUGUGCCAACAAAACUUUCGGCCCUCUCGGCUCCUCGUCUUCGAAAUCCAUCGCCUGGACGUGCUCCCUCUCAAAGCCUUCCGCCAGGGUCAGUAGCUCUGCUUCCUCUGCGCCACCUUUGCAGCCACAGCCGACUUUCCAAGCGGCAGCGGUAGAAACAAAGGUCGUCCACGAAAUCAGCGAGAUAAGCGAGUCUCCAAAAUCUUACCUGGGGGACUGGACGGACAGUGAGAGCUCCAAGAGAUCAAACUCGGACCCGGAAGAAAUCGAGUUACCGUUCCUCGACUUCGAGUUUGAAGAGGACUCGGAAGAUUACAGCUUCCAGCCUAGUGUCCCCAGCCACUAACACUCCCAUCCCGCUGUAAAAAACCUUCGUCCCGCUCAAGCCUGUUUUGAUUCUUCCUACUUAGCUCUAUUCCCCGGGUUAGAACACUUUCUUUUGAUCAUGGUGCUCUCUUUUCCUUCUUUGCAGCUGUUACAGAUACUUCAAGAACUCGCGGUUUUGUUCCCGUGCUGAGAUUAUAACUGGUAUGCAUUUGAUUUUUCUUGACAAACGUUCUCUUCGGAUCUUUGCAUGGAUUCCGUGACGCCGGCGGCAUGGAACUCGUGUGGUUUGCAAGAGUAUCGAAGGAUGGACACCUUUGUAAUCGGCCAUCCAAGUCAAGGCAAGCCGUGGGACUAUGUUCGCCGUAGUUCCUUUGUGGAAACACCACAUGUAAGCUCCACACCGGCACUUAAGCCCAGGAUCGAUGUCAGCUGGCAGGCCAAACUUUCGAUGUUCAUCACCACGCUUCUGCAUUACCUGGCACGGAUCUCUAAGGUUACUGGUAAAUUCGUGGAGUACAUUCUCAACGUUUUCUACAUAAACGGUGGAUUCAUCAAAGUCUGCAACAAGAUCUUGGCUGGUGAAUUCUUAGUAAUGCCCGUAGAAGGCUCGGAAAAUUACUGGAGCAUUGUGGGGAUGCUAGACCCGAGAUUGGAGCUGAUGACCGAAAGUUCCGACGAUCAGAAGCUUCAGAAAUCUGAAGGCAGCAGUUUCUUUGAAGUGGUUCCCGGAUCAAAAGUCGUGGCAGACGUGUGCAUCAUGGCUUCGAAGCUUGCGUACGAAAACCCGGCGGUUGUAAACAAAGUUGUUACUCAGAUCUGGAAGAUGUGCCUUGUGAAUGUGUUCGAGUGCAUCAACAAGAACCAAGAGAACAAUCCAACUCAGGUUUUUCUGUUCAUGGAUGCACCUCAGGACGCCGGCGCAAUCGUUGUCACGUUCAGAGGAACCAUGCCGUUCAACGCAUACGACUGGAGCACCGACUUUGAUUUCUCCUGGUACCACCUUCCGGGGGUCGGAAGAAUCCAUGUGGGCUUUAUGGAAGCUCUCAGCCUGGUGGAUCGCCACGACAUGGAAUCCUUUACAAGGCUCAAGAAGCACAGCUAUCAAAACGUUCAAGGCAAAGAGCGCGUCACUUCCGGCUUGCCAGAGGCUAAAAACGAGGACAGGAAGCUCUCGUUGGCCUACGAUUCGACCAAGGACAAGUUGAAGGAGCUUGUGAAAGCCAACAAGAGCGCCAAAGUCUACAUUACGGGACACAGCCUUGGUGGAGCUCUGGCCACAGUUUUCACGGCGAUGCUGUUCUAUAACAAGGAAGACUCGGUCACGGAGAGGAUAGCAGGGGUGUAUACUUUCGGCCAGCCUCGAGUUGGAGACAUAGAUUUUGCAGACUACAUGGACGAGAAGCUCAAUGACCCAGUGAACCGCUACUUUCGGAUCGUUUACUCCAACGACAUCGUUCCCAGGAUCCCGUUUGAUGAUAUAUUCUUCCAGUUCAAGCACUUUGGUCUGUGCUUUUACUUCGACCACAACUACACUGCAAAGACGCUGCUCGAAGAACCAAAUAAGAACUUCUCAAUCAAGUACUUCAUCGUGACACGGAUCACGGCAGCCUGGGAGUUGAUUCUAAGUUUCAGGAGGAGCUACUUGCAUGGGUCGCAGUUCAAGGAGGCGAUGGCAUCCCGUGUGCUUCGUGUUGCGGGGCUAUUCUUUCCUGGGAUUGUGGAUCACAAUCCUGUAAAUUAUGUCAACUCUAUCCGGCUUGGCCCAAGAGUUUUGCACACCGAAGUUCACAUGCAAAAGCUUCUGGAGCUGCUAAGAAUGCAUGGCUACACGAAGAUGGAUAUCUCUCAAUAAACAUUGUCUACAACAUUAACAUAAGGUCAGUGAUAUUUUCAUGUCUAUUAAAUGUGUAUAGUUCUUGGCGAUAAUCCUACUGCUAGACCCACGUGGCUGAUGGGCUGUAUUGUACCAGUCCCAUAAAACCAGUGAAUCUGACAUUUGAGCU